ACAGGUUAAGUGAAGUCAGGUAGGGAGCAGGGCAUAGGUCGGGUCACUCAUGCUCCCUUUCUUCCAUUGAUAGAUCAAGUUAGGUACAUAGGUACAUUCAAUUGGUACAUGUACGCGACGGGAGUGAGUACCCAAAUGUACCGUUCAUCCGAAGAUUCCCCUUGCCGAUAUCCGAUAAGAGAAUUCCAGAAGGCUCGUACCUAAUAGUAAUCCAAGGAGCUUCGACGAUGCCGACGCAUCAACUCGCUAAUCACCCAUUUUGUACUUGGCCUCGUCUCAGAAUCGACUCAAUUACGGUAACCCCCCUUGCAAAGCCGCAAUUGUCGUGACUCCUUAGUCAGAAUAAAGGGAAUAAUUAAAGAAGAAGAAGAAGAAGAAGAAAAUAUAUCUAUAUAUCAAGGCCGCAAAACAUGUCAGCUUCGCCUACGUCACUUGGCUCUUCCGAAGUGGCUGCUGAUCAGCCCAAGGAUACCGACGCGUCGCAUGAACCCCUGUCCGACGCUCAACCGAAGUCUCAAGACGCAAAUCAUGGCGAUCCUGUACCAUCCGAAUCUCCUGAGCGAAGAAGCAGCGCUGCACCCGAAUCAUCUAUAGCAUCGCCUCAAUCGCGAGAAUCUGGCGAGGCUUCACCUGUCGCUGAGGAAAGCGCUCCUCCCUUGCCGAACGAACCGCCUCCCGCGACCGAAGACGAUGGCUGGGACUUCCAUUGGGAUGCAACAAGUCAGGCCUAUUUCUUUUACAAUCGAUUCACCCAUGAAACCACUUGGGAAAACCCUCGGCUGUCCAAUAAAGCCUCGGUCGCGGAGUCGACGCCGCAGGCGCAGGAAACCGCGUCCAGCGCUGCCGCUGCCGCUGUCGCUGCUGAGCCGCCGAAAAACGAACGGCCACCAGCUGGAGGCUAUAAUCCAGCGAUCCACGGCGACUACGAUCCGAACGCCUGGUACGCCAAGCAAGGCGCGGAGAAUCCAUCAGAGCAGGAUCCAUCAGUAGACGCGUCGGCCGCCUACGCGGCUAUGGGAACAUUCAACCGCUUCACCGGGCGCUGGCAAGGCGGCGACCAGAACCCCGAUAACCACAACGACGAAGCCAAGUCUCGGCGACAGAUGAACGCGUUCUUUGACGUCGACGCGGCUGCGAACUCGCAUGACGGUCGGAGUCUAAAAGCGGAGCGGUCCGGCAAGAAGCCGACUAAGGCUGAGCUCAAGCAGUUCAAAGAAAAGCGCCGAGCGAGGAAGGAAGAGAAGCGACGGGCGUGGCUGAGAGACUAGGCAGAGCCACGUGGGUUGCUACGCUACCUGGGGAACUGGGUAUACUAGAGAGGAGGGAGGGGCGGAUACCUGCAUGGUGCAUCAAGGUCCGAGGUCACAUACACGGCGUUGGUGCAUACGGUUUACGUAUAGGGGUCGCGUGGAAGCAGAUGGCCCUGUCAGGGGCCAUCUUGCGUUGCAUAUUCGGGACGAGGAUGUCUGCAUUGCAUUGUCUGGAGAGAAGAGGUAUCGUCACUUAGUUCGUUCUGGAUUGCAAGCGGCCCUGACACGCUUGGACAAUGAACCUACUAGGUUAGGUAGUUACCUACCUCUUCUCGCAUUUUCUUAGCUUUCGGAUUAUAUACCCCCAAAUGAUAAAUCACUUCGAGACGUACUAUAUACGCUCUAACCUCGCCGCUUAGAUUGCACGAACUAAGGUUCCUACCGGUGCUCUUACAUAUGUCUCUGCUAAUAUAAAUACGCCGAGUAUACCGCC